CUGCUCUGUCAGAAGACAGCAUCUGUCAAAGCCCACAUUUAAACUGCUGCCUGCCUGUGCAGCAGCUGAAGGACUCCGGGAAUGGAUUUAAUAGACCAGAAUUCUCGGUUAAAACAGCUCGAAACCAUUUCUACUACUGCCUAGCAACAAUGAAGGAGGGAAGAGAGACAAAUCCUAUUACUAAAGGCAACUGAACCACUACGUGCUAGCACUCACUGCUAACAUUACCGUUAGAAAUAUGGAUACUGGGAAGAGGAGAACACAGCACUGCAUUGUCCGACAAGGGAAACACCAGAUGUAAAAGCUCCAAUCUAUCGGCUGGGAACGCCAGACAGCCCCGACCGCCGAGCAGGAACAAGAACUACUGUCCUUUUGUUUGAAGGAUGAACAAAAAGCCCCAAGACAAGGACAACACUUAUGAGCAAGGAAGGUAACACAGCAACGAGCCGACAGAUGGACAGAUUGGAUACUGUGAAAAGCAAUCGCAGGAAGCAGACUGUUGGGGGAUGUGCGCAUGUUCGAUAGCAUCUUUUUUGCUGAAGUGAUGGCGUGCCAAAACUAUUUUCUGUGGGUAUAAUCCUCGCACCAUAAAUGGCCUGACCAGGGAAGAGAGAGCCAUUUGCAGAGAAUUACUUGACAUGAACAGAAGGAAAUGAAUACCAAAGAAUAGCAGUGGUUUUGGAAAGGAAGCAAACAGCAUUUUGCUUGGCCAUUGUCUCACACCCCAUUGUUGGAUUCUUACAACAUGCUUCAGUGGAGAAGACGACACUGCUGCCUUGCAAAGAUGACCUGGAAUACCAAAAGGUCGCUAUUUCGCACCCAUCUUAUUGGCCUGAUCUCCCUCGUGUUUCUUUUUGCUGUGUUUCUCUUUUUCAACCAUCACGACUGGCUGCCAGGCAGGGCGGGCUUUAGAGAAAAUCCCAUGACUUACACAAUCCGAGGAUUUAGAUCUACAAAAAGCGAGAUGAACCACAGCUCUCUACGGAACAUGUGGAAAGACGCCGUACCUCAGACCCUCAGGCCUCAAACAGUCACCAACCCCAACAACACUGACCUGUCGCCGCAAGGAGUAACUGGCUUGGAAAACACCCUCAGCGCUAACGGAAGUAUUUACAAUGAGAAAGGCACCGGGCAUCCAACCUCAUAUCACUUCAAAUACAUCAUCAACGAGCCCGAAAAAUGCCAGGAGAAGGUCCCCUUCCUGAUUUUGCUCAUAGCUGCAGAGCCUGGCCAAGUGGAAGCCAGACAGGCCAUUCGACAAACCUGGGGUAAUGAAAGCCUGACGCCUGGCAUUCAAAUUGUUCGCAUCUUCUUGCUGGGGCUAAGUACCAAGACAAGCGGGUACCUCCAGCGUACCAUACAGGAGGAAAGCAGACAGUACCACGACAUCAUCCAACAAGAGUACUUGGAUACCUAUUAUAAUUUAACCAUUAAAACUCUGAUGGGAAUGAACUGGGUUGCAUCCCAUUGUCCAAGCGUUCCCUACGUCAUGAAAACUGACAGCGAUAUGUUUGUCAAUACAGAGUACUUAAUACACAAGCUUCUGAAGCCAGAGCUUCCUCCGAGGCACAGAUAUUUUACAGGAUAUUUAAUGAGAGGUUACGCGCCUAACAGGAACAAGGAUAGCAAGUGGUAUAUGCCACCUGAUUUGUAUCCAAGCGAACGUUACCCUGUAUUCUGCUCUGGAACCGGUUACGUUUUUUCUGGAGAUUUAGCAGAAAAAAUCUUUAAAGUCUCCUUAGGCAUCAGACGUUUACAUUUAGAGGAUGUAUAUGUGGGGAUCUGCCUUGCCAAGCUGCGAAUUGACCCCAUGCCUCCACCCAACGAAUUUGUCUUCAAUCACUGGCGAGUUUCUUACUCCAGCUGUAAAUAUAGCCACCUAAUUACCUCCCAUCAGUUCCAACCUAGUGAACUGAUCAAAUACUGGAACCACUUACAACAGAAUAAGCACAAUGCCUGCGCCAAUGCAGCAAAAGAGAAAGCAAGCAGGUAUCGCCAUCGUAAACUGCACUAGAAGGACAACAUUCCCUCUGUCAAAUGUAUUCCAUGUGCAAUUUGUAAAUAUUGCUGAACGCAUGUACAGUGAAAAUGGAUGAGCUUAAUGGGACAGCCUUUAGUUGAUGCCCAUCACAUAGUGGAGUCUGAAAAUUAUUUUUUUAAUUUGAAAAAAGUAUAGUUCUUGAUAACACUAAUACUAUAAAACCAUAACCAAAAGGUUUUCCCAGCAAAUUUGAGGAAAAAGACAAUGGAGAUAUAAUGAUUUUCUGUGUUAAUGUGCAAUAAUAAGCAUGCACACUAAAGUGGUACAAUUGCAGACUUAUGUGCCAAUAAAAUCUAAUUGAGCAUAUUUUCCACACAAAUUUUAUUUUUAAGACAAUGCAUUCAUAGCUCUUGCUCUUUUAAGUGUAACAAUUUCUUGUCUAGGAUUGCUAUAAGUAAAACGAAAAACAAGAAGCAAAGGAAAUGCACAAAGGGGAGAUGAAUCUUACCUUCAAAUACCACAUGAAAAUUACUACACACUUCUUAGAAAUGCAGUACACUUAGCAGCAACACGUUUAAAAUUAAGACACCAUUAAACAAACUCUAAAACAAUGCAAAAGUGCUUCGCUCAAGUAAGUCCACUUCUAGCAAGGUUGCUUUUUUGGCUAGGGAAAAAGAAUAAAUGAAAACAAAGCUCAGAAAACCACUACUUUGCACAUCUCCUACUGAAACUCACAGCAGGUGUUCUCAAUUCAGGUCUAGUUUCUCUUCCAAGUUACUCUCUACAAGUUAUAGGGUGAGCCACUGAAUCCAGGUGCCAAGCAGCACUGGCACCUACAUGCAGAUUCGUUCCAUCUGCUGUUUAUUUUCUUACACAACUUCAAGACAGCUCCAAAGGCUAAAAAGAAAAGCAAAAGCCUUUCACCAUAGUCUCAAAAAUGUCCCAUUUUGUACAAAGAGGGAGAAAAACAACUCAAUCUUGAUUUGUUUUACUACUUACUGCCUAUCAGAAAAAGCAUCAGUUAAGCUAAAAUAGGACUGCAAGAGGAAAUUAAGCCAAACUUUACCUUACAGAAAGAAAGGACUAAGUCAUUAGACUGACAUUUCCAGACAGAAUUAUGGGCAAAAACAAAAUGGAAGAAAAAUUAAAAAUCAAAACUACAACAUCUGUCACUGAAAACAAGAUGGGAGAGGUAGGUUAAAUCUACCUGCAGGUAGGCUAAAUCUACUUGCAGGUUUUCACAUUUUUUAAACAAGCAGAACUUUCAGUUUCUUUUCCAGUGAAGCAGUGUUGCAUCGGAAUCAGGUUAUUGCUACUUGUCACAGUAAGCAACACUCACCUGUGAUUUAGCAGCAGAGGAUGGAACUGUGAUUAGUUUUGUUUGACCGGUACUUUUUAAUUGGAUAAAACACAAUUAUUUGAUGUACUUUUAUUAUUUAAUAAAACUCAUUGUAUUUAUGGCCCUUCAGACUUCACUUAUUAAUGGUAAAGCUACUCAUCAGGAGGAAAUAAUUUGCUAGCAUUACCUGACUUUUCCUCAUUUCCCCUAAUUCUUAGGGGAAUUUUCAUUCCAUGUAAAGAUACAGAGAUUCCAAAAGGUGUUUGUUUUUUGUUUUCCUUUGUAAUGAAAAGAUGAAUGGUAUAACUGAGCACUCAGCAACACUAUGAGUGUCUAUUUCCAGGACCUCACAUAUUUAAGCAGACGGUGUCACACUGAACUAGCACUCCUACAAAAUGCCAGGAAGUCCUAUUGAAGACGGCUAUUGGAAUUUGCUCUUCAUCCUCUUUUUUUUCUUUUUUUUUUUUUUGUUUGCAUGGACCUCCAAUAAACCAUCACUCACUGUAUUUAAGGUAUGAUAAUCAUGUGUUUGUGCAUUUCCUACAUACCUCAAAUAAUAGAGGGCACUUCUGUGGAAAGCAAGAGUGUUUAAUAGUAAAUGCCUGCACAAAGGUCUUCUCAAACUAACCAGACUGAAAGUGCACUGACUUAGUUUCAUUGAAAGUUACUGGCAUUAAUGUGACACAGCUGCAACAGAAAAUGUCUUUGGGAGUAUUCUUUGAACACUCAUUUGUAGUUCUCCUCACACUCUGAGCUAACACAAGCCACAGCUAAUACACCAGCUGAAAGCUGCCUGGCUUAUGUUAACUAUACCCUUAUUAACUAUUACUAUGCUAUAGGAGCUUAGAACAAUCACAAGCAAUUGUUAGAUGACUAGAGAAAAGCCACGUACUACCCAGGAGCAUUUGGCUGUAGAAGACAUACAGUCACACAAGCAUCCUCUCCUUGAGUCAUGCUGGCCAAGGACACAGUCCUCCCUCCUGGAGGUGGCUUCAACACCAUUCCCUGCCUUCAGCACUUUCAAGCUAGAAUGUAAUAUAAUGUACUCUACUUGGACUUUCCCAACUCUGGCUAGUUCAAAAUGCUGCUACUGGCUUCUGGACAUUGUCCAAGAGGUUAAUAACUAAACCUUAAAUAGUUUGGCACUUUAAUUACGAAGUUUGGCAGCCAAACAACCUCUCGGGUACUCCACUUUGGAGCUCAUACACAGUACCAAUCUGCCCGAGUUUGGCAGAAUUAUGCUACAAUACCUAUGAGUUCAGCACACUGAACUUCUUUCUAGUUAAAAUAUAAGAUGAUGCAAGAAAAAGAAAAAAAAAAGCCAUUUGUAAUGUUCUUUUAACAGCCUGACAAUUUUUAGAAAUCUGAAUUAGUACUUGAGUAUAAUUUGAAAAUAAUCUAUAAACAUAACAUACUCAAACCGUUAUCUAAACAGUCAACAGCUACUUAAAUCUUUUGUGUCCAAGUAUUGUUUUCUUGCAGUCUGUUAUGAGGCUUUCAGAAAUGGGAGGGAGAGCUUGUAUGGUGAAAUAUGCAAUUACAGAAUGAAAGAUCUCUUUGCAUUCUUUGUGUUGUUACCACUCUGUAGCUUGAGUUGAAGCUAUUUACCCAAUGUAGAAGAGCACAAAAACAGCUGAUGUUAAAAAACAGUUCAAUUACUAAUGUCAUUAAAACCUUUGACAAGUUUUCACACGUCCUAUCCAAAAUAAAGCAGGACUAAAAAUGCAUUGUUAGUAGG